AUGCAACGCAUUCUCACUCUUUUUUCCUCAGUCAUUCACUCCGAAAUCGUACGGACACAAUCUACUCCUUCUGUCCCCCUACCUGAAACGUUUCACACGGGGGAUGAUUUCCGCCGUUGGGCUCGGGCGGCCCAGGACUAUAUCGAACUUGUUCCGACAUCAGACCGCAGAAUUGUGCUACUGUCCCUCAUUGAGGGCGAGGUCAAUGAUAUUGUGCGCGAUGAAGGUGUACUCGAUGUGCCCAUCACCCCAGAAACCUUCCAGAGACUUCGGGAUUGUCUCACAGAUCGCCUCUAUGCAGCGGAAUUCGUUCAUCAUUUCCAAAUCUUCAUCCAACUCCCUGGCGAACGGCUGGCCUCGUUUGUUCGUGCACUUCGUCGCCUAGCAGUGAAAGCAUUCCCGGACACUGACUCCAUCGACCGCGACGCGAAGGUGCUCACGCAGAUUCUGGUGAGUACGCGGGAUCCACCGGUGAGACGCCGCUUCCUCCUCAACUCACCACCUAUCGUAGCGGCAGCAUUGGACGCCGCCCGGCGCCUGGAACAGGUUGAGGCUGUACUCAGUCGCGAUCAGCUACCCGAAGCACCAACAAUCGCCUCCGUUAGUAGCUGUCGCCCGCAACGUCCCUUCCGGCCGCGUUACAACCAAGGCCGCCCGUGGUACCCAUCACGCCAACCUCUUCCCACAUCUCGGACGUCGCUCACGAAUUGCUACUACUGCCAGCGGUUCGGAACCGACGCAGGAGCAUGUGGCCAUAACCGCCCCGGUGAGUCCACCAUUUCUCUGUGUGCGUGCCAUACUUCUUUGUUGUCCUCGGUUCCCGUCAUUGAUAUUAAUGCCUGGGACACUCCAACUACUGCCCUCGUCGACACUGGAGCAGAGUGUUCCUUGAUUUGCAUUGACGUGGUUCCCGCCCAAGCACCUCGUCGUCAAUCCCCACAUCUUCGACUCAUUGCAGCGAACGGUACUCCCAUGCUGAUUCGGGGUCAAACCACGGUACCAGUUGCCAUGGGGGUACUGAAGACCCAUCACCCAAUGAUCAUUGUGUAUAAAAUUCCGUGGCCUGCUAUCCUGGAAAUUAACUUCCUCUAUGAUCAGAAUGCCCAGCUCCAUAUUGGCUCAGACAAAAUCCCCAUAGGACCCCAAGUAUUUCGCAUUGACCACCACCACAACCCCAGAGGGCUCGUCUCCAACGUCGCCAAGGUUCCCACGUUCGGCCGAUCACCGAAUGAUCACCUAUCAAAUUACAUUGAUAAACUACUAGUCGAGUUCCCGGAGAUUUUGGCCCACAGCAGCACCGACAUAGGCCGCCCUAAGCUCGUCCGCCACCGCAUCGAAACUGGUAACGCUCCCUCCCGAUCCGCACCCCACCAAAGAGGCUCUCUAUACAUUGCCAGCAAGAGGUUCACAAGCUGA